AUGGCUUGUCUUCUGGUGAAAAAGAACCUGCACGUUUCACCAGAAGCACGUUUCACCAGAACUGCACUUCUGAUGAAAAAGAACCUGCACAUAAUGCCCCUCAAGGGACAUUAUGUAAGGGGGGGAGGGAGGGGUUACAAAGGAAUCAAAUUGGUAGGGGAAGUUGUCGACAGCAGUGGUGAUUGCGUGUGUAACGACUACCUCGGAUGUUGUUCGGCCAUCGACGGACUGACUGUGCCCGUGUCCUUCCCGAGCAGCCCGGAGUCAGUGAAUACGCAGUUCGAGUUAUACACCCGAAGCAACACCCAAGAUGCGGUUCUUCUGGAUUACAAACCUGGAUCGGUGAACGAGGCCUUGCAACAAUUUAAAGAAAGAAAACACCUUAUAUUUUUUGUACCUGGCUGGCUGGACCCAACCUUCAUACGUCUGCCGACGAUAAAAGCGUUGCUGGAAAAGGAAGACGUUAAUGUGAUUCUUGUCAAGUGGAGUGGCGGCUCUUUUAAGAUAAACUGCAUCCAAGCUGCCGGAGACACUGCCCUUGUGGGGAGACAGAUGUCUGUGCUCGUACAAAACCUCAUGAGCGUUUUCCCGGACACAGUGAAUGUGUUGGAUAUACAUGUCAUCGGCGACAGUUUAGCAGCUCAGGUCCCUGGGUUUUUCGCAAAGCAGUUAAAGAGAUGCACUGGGAAGGUCAUCGGAAGAAUUUCAGCCAAUGAGGCCGCUGCACCUUUGUUCGAAGACACUGGGGUUUUCGUAUCGUACAAGGACGUAAAGUUUGUUGACGCCAUUUACACUAUCGGAGGUGAUAUCGGCAUGUUUCAACCAAUCGGACACGUCGACUUCUACCCCAACAACGCCAAGAGGCAGCCAGGGCUGUUUGUUGCCCAGUAA